AUGGGCACAGGCUGCACUUGGCUGUGGGGAGAGGGGCCCGUGUCCCGCCACUCCUCUGCCAUGCUCCUGACCCCUUUCCUGAUUGCCAUGGCAAUGGCCUUCUCGGAGGCCAGCGCCAGCUGCCCCGUCCUCUGCACCUGCCGCAGCCAUGUUGUGGAUUGCAGCGGGCAGCGGCUCUUCUCAGUGCCCCCCGACCUGCCCCUAGACACCAGGAACCUGAGCCUGGCACAUAACCGCAUCACCACCAUCCCGACAGGCUACCUCACUUGCUAUGGUGAGCUGAGGGUGUUGGACCUAAGGAAUAACUCCCUGGUGGAGCUGCCCUCCGGGCUCUUCCUGACUGCCAAGCGGCUGGCCCACCUGGACCUGAGCUACAACAACUUCAGCCACGUGGCCGCUAAUAUGUUCCAAGAAGCCAACAGCCUGGUGAGGAUCGACCUGAGCCACAACCCGUGUCUGCGAAAGGUGCACCCCCAGGCUUUCCGGGGGCUAGCCCAGCUACGUGACCUGGACCUCAGCCAUGGGGGGCUGUCCUUCCUCAGCCUGGAAGCCCUGGAGGGUCUCCCGGGGCUGGUGACCCUACAGAUCGGGGGCAACCCCUGGGUGUGUGGCUGCACCAUGGAGCCGCUCCUGAAGUGGCUGAAGAAUCGUAUCCAGCACUGCACCUCAGAUUCCCAGCUGGCUGAGUGCCGUGCCCCACCCGAGGUGGAGGGAGCCCCCUUGUUCUCACUGACAGAGGAGAGUUUUAAGGCCUGCCACUUGACCUUGACGUUGGACGAUUAUCUCUUCAUUGCCUUCGUGGGCUUCGUGGUCUCUAUUGCCUCCGUGGCCACCAAUUUCCUGCUGGGCAUCACUGCCAACUGCUGUCACCGCUGGAGCAAGGCCAGCGAGGAUGAGGAAAUAUAG